AUGGUGAUGGAUUCUCUUCUCUCCAUCUUCUUUCUCUUCACUCUCUUCUCCUCCAACCUUUUCCCCACCUUUGCAUCACAACAACCCUCUUACAAAGACCACUGUGCUUCCAUAAUCCCAGAGUCAACUCCCAAGAACCCAACCCUCAAACCUUUUCCUCUUGGUGAACAGCACAAAGGUUACUUCACAGGAGGUGAGAGGAUCAUUGAUGCCAGAACUUCAUUGAACCGAUACACCUUUUACCUUCAAUACAUGCAAGAAACUCACACCCCUGGCUUGUUCAAAAUUCAUGGUACUGUUUCAUUUAGAAGCACCCCCAACUCUGUUUAUGUGAGGGGGAACUUCAGCUUUAGUACUAAAAGGUCAAGUUAUGGGCAACGUCACCUCCAUAGGAGUUACUUAACCUUCAAGCUUGAUGGGUUCUGGUCUGAAUCUUCAGGGAAGGUUUGCUUGGUUGGAAAAGGAAGUGGCUAUUCCAGAACAGGUAACACUCUUGAUCUUGAUGCUGUUUUUAAGCUUCAAAAUGUCUUCAAUGCUAGUAAUGUAACUAGCUUGGUUAGUGGAAGCUUGGAGAGUUUUAGUACUAAUUCUGACAAGGAUGAUGAGAGUUACUUUGAACCCAUUUCGCUUUUGGUGUUUCCAAAAGCAAAUUACAAUUAUACCUUGGAUUCCUUUGAAAAUGAGUUCUCUUCUGGGAAAUUUUCUGAGCAGGGUUUAUCAUCACUGAAUUUAUCAGAUUCAUUAAGCUUUUGCUCAUAUCCUCUCUCAAGGGAGUUGAGAAGACUCCAGUUAGAGUACUCUCAUGAGUGCAAUUCUUCUAAGAACUGCUCUCCUAUUAGUGGUGGUUCUGGUCCACUUCCAUCUCUGGUGUCUUUGAAAGGAAUUGAAUGUUCUUCUUCCACCAACAAGCAUAGGUUGAGGGCUCUAGUUACAUUUUCAAAUAUUAGUCAAUAUUGGAUUAACCAAGAUUUUAAUCCCAAAACCAUAUUGGUAGGGGAGGGAUGGUGGGAUGAGAAGAGAAACACAUUGUGUGUAGUUGCUUGCCGUAUCAUAGGCAAAGAAUCAUCCUUGGCGGGUACUCAAGUGGGUGAUUGCUCAGUGAGAUUUACAUUGAGAUUCUCUUCAAUUUGGUCAAUAAAAAACACUAAUAGCUUAGUGGGGCAAAUUUGGAGCAGAAAGGUUGCUAAUGAUCCAGGCUACUUCAAGAUGAUCACAGUUAAAAACUAUGAUGAUGGAAGGGUGGGGGAAUUUCAAGCCUCAAAGUAUGAGUAUACACAGCUAGACAGAGUUAAGAAAUCAUGCCCAACAAACAAGAAUGUGAAGAAUCAUGAUAGAUUAUAUCCAGAUGCUGAUUCUCAAAACAUGAGAUUUGAUAUGAGAGUUACUGAAUCAAAAAGAAGAGUAGCCUGGGGCUAUUCAUCUCCCUCUUCUGUUGGUGGUAAGGUUAAGGUACCUUCUAACUUUGUUAAUUUCAUUUCUAACUCAAGCUCUCAAACAGAAGUUCCUGAUGUUCCAAUCCGCACCAGUGGUAGCUUGUUUAACAUUAGCUACAAGAUUAGCAUCUAUUCUAAUUACACAUUACGCGACAAGAAUUCAGUGUUUAACUUGUCCUCUGAGGAUGUGAAGAUUUCUGCAGAAGGUAUCUAUGAUUCUGGAACAGGAACUUUGUGUAUGAUCGGUUGCCGGGAUCUUCCCUCAAAGACACCAAUAGCUGGCUCUGUGGACUGCGAGAUUUUAGUGAAGUUUCAGUUCCCAUCACUAGAUGCAAAAGGUGAAAGCUACAUUAAGGGAAGCAUCGAAAGCACACGCAAAAAAUCAGAUCCUCUUUAUUUCAGAAGUUUAGAUCUUUCUUCAGCUGCAUUUUACAGAGAAACAGCCCAAAAAGCUGUUUGGAGAAUGGACAUGGAGAUCACCAUGGUUCUGACAUCAACCACUCUAGCAUGUAUUUUUGUGGGAUUGCAACUCUUCCAUGUGAAGAGGAACCCUGAUUUACUACCCUUCAUCUCCCUCAUGAUGAUGUCAAUUCUAACGUUAGGUCACAUGAUCCCCCUUGUUCUCAACUUUGAAGCACUUUUAGCCCAAAAUCCUAACAACAAAAACUUUGUGUUUGGAAAUGUUGGAUGGCUUGAAGUCAAUGAAAUAGCUGUGAGAAUAAUCACCAUGGUGGCUUUCUUGCUGCAGUUCCGUCUCCUUCAACUAACUUGGUCGUCGCGAAACGCGGAUGAAAGCAAGAAAGGCCUAUGGGUUGCUGAGAGGAAAAGUGCAUAUGUGACUUUACCAUUAUAUGCAGCAGGUUUAUUGAUUGCGGUGAUGUUGUUGAAAUUGAAAAAUGGAUCAACUUGGGAGAAUGUGAAAUCUUAUGGUGGUUUUGUGUUGGAUGGGUUUCUCUUGCCACAAAUCGUGAUGAACCUGUUUUCAAACAUUAGGGAGAUUAAUGUUCUUUCAUGUUCAUUUUACUUUGGAACCACUUUUGUGAGAUUGUUGCCACAUGCCUAUGAUCUUUACAGGGCUCAUAACUAUGCUCGUUUAGGUGAUGCUCAUAACUAUGCUCGUUUAGGUGAUGGAUCAUACUACUAUGCAGAUCCAAGUGCAGAUUUUUACUCCACUUCUUGGGAUAUUGUCAUUCCUUUGGGAGGUAUCUUGUUUGCUAUCAUUAUCUACCUGCAGCAACGUUUUGGUGCUCAUUGUGUUCUGCCAAGCAGAUUCAGAGGGUCAAAUGUAUAUGAAAAGGUGCCUGUGGUGACUGAAUCUGAACUCUGA